UCGCAAGCGCAGCUACGGCGGCGCGAGCCUCUCACGCCGACACUCCCCCUGCGCGCCCCUCCCCCACCCUGGACCGGCUUCGGGACCGACUGAGCGCGAGCUCGCGGCCGCUUCUCGGGCGCCGAGCGUGGAGCUAGGCUGCGGUGACGAGCGGCGGCUGCGCGGCCAUGGGCGCGCCGGUGUCGCCCUAGGACAGGCGCGCGGAGACCGCAGCCUAGGCAGCGAGCCUUCCCGAGCGGCGGCGGCGGCGGCAGCAGCGGUAGCAGCAGGAGCAGCUCGGCCGGGAUGAGCGGCGCGGCGCCCGGCCCCGGCUCGGGCUCCUCCCCGGCCGCCUGCCGCUUCGCGCACUACUUCGUGCUCUGCGGGAUCGACGCAGACAGUGGGCUGGAGCCCGACGAGCUGGCGGUUUUGUACCAAUGGCUAGAAGCAGAUCGUCAUGGCAAGAGCCAAGAUGCUGCAAAUACGACUUCAGGUGAAAAUUUUGACCAGAGUCCUUUGAGAAGAACAUUCAAAUCCAAAGUUCUGGCCCACUAUCCUGAGAAUAUAGAAUGGAAUCCUUUCGAUCAAGAUGCAGUGAACAUGUUGUGCAUGCCUAAAGGGCUGUCUUUCAGAACUCAAACUGACAAUAAAGACCCUCAGUUCCACUCAUUUAUAAUUACCCGGGAAGAUGGUUCUCGUACCUAUGGUUUUGUUCUCACUUUUUAUGAAGAAGUUACCAGUAAGCAGAUCUGCACAGCAAUGCAGACGCUCUACCAGAUGCACAACGCAGAGCAUUAUAGCAGCGUGUAUGCCUCAUCCUCCUGCAGCAUGGAUUCGCUGGCAAGCAGUACUGAUGAAGGAGAUACAACUUCCCUUUUGAAACUCCAGCGCUACAACUCCUAUGACAUCAGCAGAGACACCCUGUAUGUUUCAAAAAGUAUAUGUUUGAUCACACCACUGCCUUUCAUGCAGGCCUGCAAAAAAUUCCUCAUCCAGCUUUACAAGGCAGUUACCUCACAGCAGCCGCCACCCUUGCCGCUUGAGAGCUACAUCCAUAACAUUCUUUAUGAAGUACCCCUUCCACCUCCGGGGAGAUCACUGAAAUUUUAUGGUGUUUAUGAACCUGUCAUCUGCCAGAGACCUGGGCCCAAUGAACUCCCCCUCUCCGAUUACCCUCUUCGAGAGGCCUUCGAGCUUCUGGGAUUAGAGAACCUGGUGCAGGUGUUUACCUGUGUUCUUUUAGAGAUGCAGAUUCUUCUCUACUCACAAGAUUAUCAACGCUUGAUGACUGUGGCGGAAGGCAUCACCACACUUUUGUUCCCAUUUCAAUGGCAGCAUGUUUAUGUGCCCAUCCUCCCUGCUUCUCUGCUACAUUUUCUUGAUGCUCCUGUCCCUUAUCUGAUGGGCCUUCAGUCAAAAGAAGGAACUGACCGUUCUAAACUAGAACUUCCUCAAGAGGCUAAUUUGUGUUUUGUGGAUAUUGACAACCAUUUUAUUGAAUUGCCUGAAGAGUUUCCACAGUUCCCCAAUAAGGUGGAUUUUAUCCAGGAACUCUCUGAAGUGCUUCUUCAAUUUGGUAUCCCUCCUGAGGGCAGUCUCCAUUGCAGUGAGAGUGCCACAAAACUGAAGAAUCUGGUUCUUAAGGACUUGGUUAAUGACAAGAAGAAUGGCAAUGUCUCCACUCAUAACAUCAGCAUGUAUGAGUUACUGAAGGGCAAUGAAACCAUAGCCCGCCUCCAAGCUCUGGCCAAGCGGACUGGUGUGACCGUGGAAAAAAUGGACCUCUCUGCCUCUCUGAGUGAAAAAGAAAAGGAUUUAAAGCUGCAGUGUGAAGAGGCUGAGCUAAGGGACUACCAGCUCAAUGUGCAGCUCCGCGAGGUCUUUGCCAACCGCUUCACACAGAUGUUUGCAGAUUACGAAGCAUUUGUGAUUCAGACUGCCCAGGACAUGGAGUCCUGGCUUACCAACCGAGAACAGAUGCAGAACUUUGACAAAGCUUCCUUUCUGUCUGACCAGCCUGAGCCUUACCUGCCAUUUCUUUCACGCUUCAUUGAAACACAGAUGUUUGCUACCUUUAUUGAUAAUAAAAUUAUGUCUCAGUGGGAAGAGAAAGAUUCUUUGCUACGGGUCUUUGACUCUCGGAUUGAGAAGAUAAGACUGUAUAAUGUAAGGGCACCCACCUUGAGGACAUCUAUCUAUCAGAAAUGCAGCACUUUAAAAGAAGCAGCCCAAUCAAUUGAGCAACGACUAAUGAAAAUGGAUCACACUGCAAUCCACCCACAUCUGCUUGAUAUGAAAAUUGGUCAAGGCAAAUAUGAGCAAGGGUUCUUUCCAAAGCUACAGUCUGAUGUCUUGGCAACAGGACCAACUAAUAACAAUCGCUGGGUGAGUCGGAGCGCCACGGCGCAGCGCAGGAAAGACCGCCUUCGCCAACAUUCCGAGCACAUUGGAUUGGACAACGACCUGAGGGAGAAAUAUAUGCAAGAGGCGCGAAGUUUAGGAAAAAACCUGAGGCAACCCAAAUUGUCAGACCUUUCUCCUGCAGUGAUUGCACAGACCAACUGCAAAUUUGUAGAAGGCUUAUUAAAAGAAUGUAGAAUGAAGACAAAACGCAUGUUGGUGGAGAAGAUGGGACAUGAAGCAGUGGAACUGGGCCAUGGAGAAGCAAACAUAACCGGCUUGGAGGAGAACACCUUGAUCGCCAGUCUCUGUGACCUGCUGGAAAGGAUAUGGAGCCACGGCUUGCAGAUUAAGCAGGGGAAGUCAGCUUUGUGGUCACAUUUAAUUCAGUUUCAGGACAGAGAAGAGAAACAAGAGCAUCUUGCAGAAUCACCAGUUGCCCUUGGACCAGAAAGAAGAAAAUCUGACUCAGGAGUUAUGUUGCCAACACUCAGGGUCUCUCUUAUCCAAGACAUGAGGCAUAUUCAAAACAUGAGUGAGAUCAAGACUGACGUCGGACGAGCUCGGGCAUGGAUAAGACUGUCUCUAGAAAAGAAGCUCUUGUCCCAGCAUCUCAAGCAGUUGCUCUCCAACCAGCCACUCACCAAGAAGCUUUAUAAGCGUUAUGCUUUUCUACGGUGUGAAGAAGAAAGAGAGCAGUUUCUUUACCAUCUUCUUUCCCUCAAUGCUGUUGACUACUUCUGCUUCACCAGUGUGUUCACCACUAUCAUGAUUCCCUAUAGGUCAGUGAUCAUCCCCAUCAAAAAGCUGAGCAAUGCAAUCAUCACAUCGAAUCCUUGGAUCUGUGUAUCAGGGGAGCUAGGAGACACGGGAGUAAUGCAGAUUCCAAAAAAUCUCCUUGAGAUGACUUUUGAGUGCCAGAACUUGGGGAAGCUGACCACUGUUCAGAUUGGUCACGAUAACUCAGGACUGUUAGCCAAAUGGCUAGUGGAUUGUGUCAUGGUCAGAAAUGAGAUCACAGGACAUACUUACAGGUUCCCAUGUGGACGAUGGUUAGGGAAAGGCAUUGAUGACGGAAGCCUGGAGAGAAUCCUUAUUGGGGAAUUAAUGACCUCAGUGGCUGAUGAGGAUCUGGUAAAGCAGUGUCGGACUCCACCCCAGCAGAAAUCCCCCACCUCAGCUCGGAGACUGAGCAUCACUUCACUGACAGGAAAAACCACCAAACCCAAUGCUGGACAGAUCCAAGAAGGAAUUGGGGAAGCUGUAAACAAUAUUGUGAAGCAUUUUCAUAAACCUGAAAAAGAGAGAGGAAGCCUCACGGUGUUGCUGUGUGGAGAAAAUGGCCUGGUUGUGGCACUUGAACAAGUCUUCCACCAUGGCUUCAAAUCUGCCCGCAUCUUUCACAAGAAUGUCUUCAUCUGGGACUUCAUAGAGAAAGCGGUUGCUUAUUUUGAAACCACUGACCAGAUUCUAGACAAUGAAGACGAUGUCCUUAUUCAGAAAUCAUCCUGCAAAACCUUCUGCCACUAUGUAAAUGCUAUUAAUACUGCACCCAGGAACAUUGGAAAGGACGGCAAAUUCCAGAUUUUAGUUUGCCUUGGAACACGGGAUCGCCUGCUCCCACAGUGGAUCCCACUCUUAGCCGAAUGUCCUGCCAUUACCCGAAUGUAUGAGGAGAGUGCCCUCCUGCGAGACCGCAUGACUGUCAACUCUCUCAUCCGCAUUCUGCAGACCAUUCAGGACUUCACCAUAGUCUUGGAAGGAUCACUCAUCAAAGGAGUGGAUGUGUAACCCAACUGGCUAGAAGCUCUCAGUCCAGACCCCUUGCUCCUGAACCUUCCCCAACUAUGGGGACCGAUUUGGACUUGUCUGAUAAGGUAGUGAGUCACUGCAGGGGGCAACACACCAUAUUCCCCAAUUUGAACAAUCCUCACACUACAGACAAGGCAAAAUGCUGUAUUGUAGUUCAUUUGAACCUGGAAUUUAGUAUAAAAUAGAGUAUUUUCAUGUGUUAGAUGUGUGUAAAUAUGCUAUCUUCUUUAAGAAAUUAUAUUACUCUAAUAAGAUACUUUUCUUAGAUUGAAUAUUCCUGUGACUUAACAUAAGUAGCUUAACCACAUUGGGAGUUGGGAGGGAAAGAGUGGUGCUAGCCAGGAAGAAGCCAGUAAACACGUAAUUACAGUGCAACCCAGUCGGGCUUAUUUUUUCCCUCCAGGUAUCACAAAGGAACCCAGAAUGCAUUGUUAUGUCGUAGCCAUCCAUCCUGGUGUGUCUGAUCCUUUGUAUUGUGAAUGUAAACAGCUUUACCUACUGUAUGUGAUAGUCCUCACUUCUAUAUUUUAAGUUACAAUUGGUUUCAUACAUUUGAAUUGAGUCACUUCUCCAGUCUUUUGGAAAAUCUUUUUCCGUCGGCACAAGAUAAAGAUACAGUUCAAAUAUUUUAAAUACUGGACCCCAGGAGCUUGGCUAAACUGGAAAGAGAACACACAAAGCCCUGAGAAGUAUGUUAAAUUGUAGGAUUAUCACUUCUUUACACUUUGGAAAGAUUAGCCUAGACUAACUUCAUUCUUGGCAUUUUUAUUCUUGUUAUGUGAGGUACUUUGAGGAGAUGUGAAUUUCAAAGUGUUGGUCUUACAGUUAUAAGAACUGCAAACGGCAGUUUGAUUCUGCACUUAUAAUUUGGCCAUCUACGCCCUGCAGCAGUUCUUACCUCAAGGAUAAUCUCAAACCCUGUCUUUGUUAGGUUCCAGUCACCUCCCCCCCUUCCUGUGCCCAUCCCCCUCUCAGGAAAUGGAAGGAAUGUCUAAGAAGGAGGAGGGCUUGGUGUAGCUUGGAAUGUUUUUGUGAAAGUAUUUGUUGACCAUGAUAAUGCAAAUAACAGAGGGAAAGAGAAAGAAUGAACCCUUUCUGGGUGUUUCAGGGCAAGUUUUAUGUUCCUUUUCUAAGAAGGGGUAAUAAAUGUAAAACAACUGGCCCAGAGAAGGUAAAAGCCAGUACAGCAUAGACUGACAAAAUGGGAGCAGAACCAGAGGCGACAGUUUUGAAAGACCAAACAUUGUGAGUAACUUUCCAGUUGGGUAUUUUAUAAGGAAGUUAAAUAAACGUGGUAUUAGCUAGUUACCUUAAGACUUCGUUUAUGGUAGGUCCUGUAACCAAUUAGGCAUUUGCACAUUGUUAGCAGUGAAAUUGCCCCAGCACUGCGCCGGGUUUUGUUCCCAGUUGUGGCUGAGAAGCAAAGCCAUGGCCUCUCAGGACCCCCGUAUGAUCUUGAGGGUCCUGGGCUUUAGCCACCAGUAUUGUUGCUCUUCUUUCCUGAAGGAAGAAACUAAUGAACAAGUGCCUCACUCCCUUAUCAAGCACUGUAUUCAGCCAGGCGACCAAGGCACAUCCCCUUUUAAUAUCUAACUUAGUAUUUGAGGAGGAACGGGGAGUUGAAGGCCACAUUUAGAGACCCACGAAGGGUUUAAGAACAGGUUUUUGGGUGACUUGGGUAGACUGGAGAUUUGUUCGCCUGAGUCAAAAGUGUGUCUGCGUAACAACGCAGCUCUUCCAGGAUCAUGGAAAGUCUAUUAUGGGAGACGUCCAGAACCCAUUUCACACAGGUUCUUGUGUUGCCGUGAUCAGAAACCACUGAAUGAUCAGGGCAGGGUUUUAUUCUUAUUACCUUCCUCAUAAGACCAUGCUUCUGGCACACUCUGGGCAGCCGAAGGAUGACUUAGGUGAGCAGGCUAGCAUUGAGUGACCAUUUUACAGAUGGGAACACUUGAGGAUCGGAGAGGUUAAAUACUUACCCCACAGCUGGUCAGUGACAACAGAGUCUAGAACUCAUGUUUUUUAUUACACCAAGACUGCGUGACACUGAGCUCCGAGGCAUUCAUAUUAAGUCUUUUUACCCCUGGAUCUUUAUUCAUACACCCAAGCAAGUAGGAUACAAAUAUUACUAUCCAUUUAUAAUAAGCAUUUAUAAGGAUUAACAUUCUUUUUAACAAAUGGUUCUGAAGUGGUUGAGAAUUACAUGUUAUAAAAACUGGGAGCAAAAUUGGAUUUGGGGCCUAUGAAUAAAACCAUUACAUUAAAAGUAAUACCCAAAAAUAAAUUAUAUGUAAAGUUUUAUCCCACUCUGUGUGAUAGGACCAUAACAAUGGGAAUGACCACUUUCACAAGAAAUAGUCACACCAGAACUGACACAUCUUCUAGAGUGCUGAGCCCUUUGAAUUGGUCACAUCAGGAGCCCAUAUACUUAUUCCAGUGAUACAGCCAGGACUCCAAACAUGUGGGGACCUCCUUCUGAGCCAUCUGAAUGGCCUACAGUCCAUUCUUUUGAGUAUUGCCAGUGAUGGUAAAUCUUGACCUUUCAGAAGAAAUUUAAUAUUCGGAAACAACAAAAAGUCCUUACGAUCCAAAUUGAUUAAUAAAAAGGAUGCUUAAGCAGAGUUUGAGGCCGCAAGGAAAUUAUUCUAAAGAAAUAAGACUUCUCUCUUAUGUGGCUUAUAACUGUCCCUAAGCCAAUACCAGAAUAUUUUGAGCAGGACAGUAGCAGAACCUUUAGAAUGAAUGUACAUAACCGACUUUUGGAAGGACCGUACCUAUUUAGAGGUAUCCUUUUUGCUAUAUUAAUUUUUUAAAUCAGUAUAUUGCUUUAUAUAAUUACACCUCAAAGUUAAAGUAAGUAAAAAUCAACUUUGUAAUUUUUUUUUCCUCAGAAUAAAUUAAAAGUAAUGCCUGGAACCAUAAUUAGUAUUUUCACAUAAUAAUAGCUUAAGAGGAAAUUAUUUUAAAACUAAAUUGCCAAAAAUAUUACCUCCUGAAACAUCUAAUUUCCAAGUGUUUUCCAAAUGUCCUGAAACUCCUAAUGUCAGCCUUUCUGACAGCGGCAUUACACUUGUUGGUAAUACGUGUGAGGCCCUACAAGCGGUGCCCUGGUUGGGGCUCACCAAUGCCAUAAAAACGACUGAGGCUCAGCGUGGAGUAGCAUAAAGUGCCAUUCCAGUUGGGGUAAAAUGGGCCUUAUAGAGAACAAAAGCAAGGCUUCCCAAGGCGCCCUCUCCCUCCCCUUUCCCACUGGGAGCAAGAAUCUGAUAUAAGAAACCUAAACCUUGCAAGAGUCUGCAGUUGCCCUCUAAAAUUUAUUUUAAAUGUUGCAGACAUUUUUGAAUCUUUGUGACCCUGUGACAUUUACUUUAACAUGCCUUUUUAAAAAAUCAUUUUAAUGAGCUUCUGUCACACUACAUGAAUGAUGAAUGAUACAGGGGAAAUACUGAAUUGCUUGUAUCUCCUUUUUUUGGAAUAAAGCACUGUUGUAUGUAAAUGUAAGUGAAAGAGAGGUAGAAACUAUACGUAACAGUUUGUGUGUAGUAUAUGUUGAUGCCUCUAAGAUAUUUUGAAACAGGAGGCAACAGAUGUGGACCUCAGAUCCCCAGGGAAAUAUUUAUUUGACAGCAUUGAAAGUGUAGCUCUUAAUCGAAAUAUCUUCUUUCUGCUAAGAAUUAUGAUUUUUCAGUAGAUUUUCACUUUGAGUAUUGUAUUUUCUCUGUGAGGUUUACAGAAGCUAUCCUUUUCAACAUGUUGAAGGGACAAUUUGAACCUUAGCUAUUUAUAUUUCAGUAUUAACAUACCUUCAUUGAGAAUGGAGUCGUGGCCUCCUCUCUACUUUUAUAAAAUGAAUCCUGUUUCCCAGUCAUCAGUUUCUUUUGAAGUCCCUGUUUCUUUCCUAAGCAUUUGUUACGUUACCAUUUAGCUUUAAAAAGAGACAGAAACGAAUAAUAAACUUCUAGGUCCUUUAUUCCUAUUAAAAUACAUUUACAAAUCUCUUGGAUUUCCAACCUGUUUUGAAGAGGGUACUGAUGAUCAGAGGAAUCCAAGAAGAAAUGCAUUGUCCCAGAUCUUCCUGGAGCUGAUCAUCCUCUCAAGGACAGAAUAAAGAUUAGCUCCAGAAAUGUAUCACAUUGAGCAGUUGACACCAGAGGGACAAAAAUAUAUAUCAAAAAAUUUCUCCUCAUCUAAAGGAAUCCAGGGCAUCCUUGGGUUAUGUGGGAGGGAAUCAUGCUUGAUCCAAUUUCCUGAAUGAAUUUGUGUGUGGCUCCAGUCUGUUCCAAACCUUGUUCACAGCAGAGAGGUAUGGUAAGGAGUUCCUGUUGUCAAUCAGCUGAGGGUGUUAAACAUAGAAAAAUCCUUCUAUGUUACACUUGAGCCGUGUGUAAAUGUACCCUGUGUAUCUUUUUUUAAAAAAUGAACAUUUCUGCAUUUAAAUUAUAUUGUGUUUCUUUGUAUUGUUAACAAUGCAUCAGAACUGGAUUUUUUUUUUCUCAUCUGAACAUAAUAUAAAAUUUAAAGAGUAUUGUGAUAUCAAGCACUUUAACAUACAUAUCAGAGAAACUGACGUGGGUUUUUCAGGUUUUGGAGUACAUUUAAAUAUGACUUUUCAUGCUUUGUUCUUUACAAAUAAAACUGUGGGGUUGAUA